AUGCAGCUUGCUCCUAUCCUGUGGGAGGAACAAGAUCUUCCCGUUGCGCAGACAAAUCCUCCCGCAAUUGAGAAAGCGCAGUGGUGUUCAGCUUGGCAGCUUGGCAGCUUGGCAGCACGGUCCGGCUGUGGCUGUUCCAACUGGGUGCGGCUGAGGCAGCCAACGACAACAAAACUCCCGCAUCCCAACUCCCCUAGCUAUCCAGGCUAUCCUGUUCUCACCGUGCCACGGCCAAUUGUCGCCCCUGUUCUGCCGUGGAUCAGCCACUAA